AUUUUUUUAGUUCGUUCAUGAACUUGAAAGGAUUUACUUUAAUGUACUGUGCUUUCGUAACGUGUCAAAUUCCCCUUCUAAAUCCCCAAAGAAGCGGUAAAAAAAUAAUAAUCUCCGGAACCCUUUGCCUCUGAAGCUUUCGGAUGCGUUUAACUGACGGACAACUAUAGUGUCACACAAUUAACCGUCCGUCAAGAAAAUUCGUGAACUAGAAAAGACAUUAUUGCAAACAAGUGCUUUUGUUACAUGCCUGUGUUGUGAAAAGUUUUGAUGGACGGCACAGAGCAGAAAGAAACAGAAGAAAAUGCGCCUUCAGUUAUCGACCGAUAUUACACACGGUGGUACAGAGCCGAUAUGAAGGGGAAACCGUGUGAGGACCACUGCAUCCUGCAGCAUUCAAACAGGAUAUGUGUUGUCACAUUAGCAGAGACUCACCCUAUCCUUCAGAAUGGACGGACAAUCAAAAACAUCAAUUACCAGAUCAGUAAUGCCUGCAGUCGGCUGAACAAUAAAGUGUCUGGAAAGUCCAAGCGGUUCCUUACUGAUUUUGCACCUUUGUGCAGAAUAACUUGCACAGAUGAAACUGAAUACACAAUCUACAGCUGCAUCCGGGGCCGUCUUCUUGAGGUCAAUGAGAAUAUUUUAGAAACACCUUCUCUCUUGCUGGAAAAGCCAUCCACUGAGGGAUACAUCGCUGUCAUCCUGCCAAAGUUUGAGGAGAGCAAGAGGAUAACAGAAAAUCUUCUGAGCAGAGAGGAGUUUGAGAGUGUUGUCUCCAAACGAAGUGCUGCUGAGUCACAACCCUCUUGACAAGGCUCCACAUUCUUGCCUUGGUCAAGUCAGAACUAUUUUGGAAGACCUUACCUUCCUUCAAGUCCCACCAGGUAGGGUAAAAACUGUGGGUUAGGAUAGCAGUAACCACAUAUAAGGUGACACUUAUAUGUGGUUCUUCUAAAGGACACUCUCAUUUAAUACAAGAAUUGCACUGUGCCUCUAGAUUAUUCAUUGUUUUUCAGUGUUUAAGAAUUUGAAGGUUUCAGGAAGCACUCUUCUUUGAAGUGCUUUAUUUAUUGUUCUGUUGUUUUGUAACUUGAAGAGCAAGGAAAUCGAGGAAAGCAUUAUGUUAUUUGAAUCUUGUAAUUACAUACUCCAAAAAAAGCCUUCAGUUAGUUAUUUUUGUAGAACAUCAUUAAAAACGACCAACACAGAUUUAAGAAAAAUAUUGUUUAUUUUUUAUGUGUAACCUUUUUAACCUUUAAAUUGUCAAAAGAAUAGAUGAUCCAAAACUAGAUCUAUGAUUUCUUCACAUCUGUUGAACCACUACAAUACCCAGCAUCCUUAGCUGCUCUCACACAAUACAAAGAAUCUCUAAAGCUCAA